GUAAAUUUGACAACGCUUGCAGCUGGUUGCUUGCUUGGCGUUUCCUCAACAUCAACAACCAGUUCAAAAAAAUUUUCUUCAACAUGGAACAUACUAUCCCUCAAAUCAUCUCGCCGGAAUAUCUUCGUAUUCGAACGGUAAUGAUGCUGGCUGAGACCUGCAUCAUCUGUCAUAACGCUUUUAACUUGCGCCUCUUUGGCCUUCCCCUUGUCCCCCUGACUGAACUCGACAUCGCCGCCGGCAACAGGCUACUACCACAGGGGGGCAAAGAAUACCACUCGCACUCUUCUACCCUAGUUAUUUCCAUUCAGAUAAUGAUUAUAAGGUAGGUGGACCGUGAGAAACCUCCCGAUAUUUUACCGUAUUCUCAACGACCAACUCUGUGUCUCGGUGUCUCAUGCGCCGAACAGGGGAAGAAAUGGAAGGAGGAGGGUUGUUAUCCCUCCGUACAUGCCAUACCAUGUAAUGACUGUUUCGUUUUCAGGUGGACAUGGAUUAAUUCAACACCAA